GGAUAGCGCCUCCUGCGGCCCCUGGCAGUGCUGGUGCUCGUGGCCGUGGCGACAGUGCGUACUGGAUCUGCACCAGCCGCGCUUGCAGGCAGUGGAACUCCUGCACUCGCAGCGCGUGCAUCGGAUGCAAGGCCAAGGCGCCGCCACGGGCCGUGCGGCACGCGACCACCUUGCCCGAGGUCGACGCCGACGGCUGGGUGCGCCCAGGCAAGGGCAAGAAGGGGCGCCGCAGGGCCCGUGCCGUGGCAGCUGGCGCGACCGCCCCAGCCGAUGGUUCGGGCGCUGGCACUCCCGCGGGCCAGGGCGAGAGAGCUGCCUCCGACGCCAGCGGACGCUUGGACCAGCUGCAGAGAGACAUCAAGCACCUCGAGGACUACCCCUGCCUGUCGGGUGGCAGCGCUGGGCUCGUGGAGGAGCAGCUGGUGGCCUUCCGAGCUCAACGAGACGAGUUGGCUGCGGCGCUGGCUGCCGACAAGCAGGCAAGCUUCUCGCUAGCUGCAAAGCUCCGCAGAGAGGCCUACACCGCCAGCAGGGCGGAGAAGAAGUUGGCUGGUGCGCGCAGUGCCCUCGCCGAUGCUGCGCAGGCCGUCGCCGACGCGGAGGCGGAGCUGCAGGCGGCCCACGAGAAGCUGGCGCAGGCAGAGGAGCAGCAAAAGGCGGCGAAGGAGCGCUUCAACACCUUGGAGUCGGGGGCGGCGGAGGUUCGGGACGGCCACGAGCGCCUUCAGCUCCGCAACUUGCCGUCGGCGCACACGGCUGGAAACUUCGCCCUCACCUGGGAGCUCGCGAUGCAGCAGAUGGUCGCGGUGGAGUCCAUGUUCCCCCUAGUGCAGUGCGCGCCUGUGCCGCCGACGCGGGAGUCCUGGAGCGACAGCUGCCCCCUCGACGGAGGCGAGGUGGACUCCGUUUCGGACGUGGACCUGGUGGAGCCGCAGCCGGCCGUGGAGCGAGUACGUGAGAGGAGGCGCCCACCAGCGAUUAGAGCCUGGACCAAGGUCUCGCCUGGGCUGGUUCGGGAUCUCGCGGAGGAGGCUGCGGACGCGGGCCCUCUGGCUACGGUUCCCAACGAGGUCGUGGCGGAGGCGGCGAGCAAGCGG